AUGUCUCGAUCAUCCAGCCCUGAUGCCCACUGGGAUCGACUAGAGACCUGGCUGAGUGCCCUGACUAGCACCCUUAUUCCUGAAGCCGCCAGGGACCUGCAGAACAUGAGCCGGGAACAGCUCGAUGACAACCUGAGCGCCUUGAUGGCCCCCGAUCCGACACAGGACUACAGCCACAAAGAGCUGGCCAAGAUCGUCGGGUCACUGGCCCAUAACCUCCUCGGCCAGGCAAAGCUGAGUGAAGCAAGCAUCUCCCGCCGGGAACAGGAAGCAGCAGCGCUGAAGCUCCAGGCUGAGGAAGCUCAGAGAAACUGGAUGCACGCUCAGAGUCAACUGGACCAGCUAACCUCGGAGACUCAGCACGAGCACAGGACAGCGGACGAAAAGGACCCAGAGCUGCAGGAGGAAGUAGAGAGACUCCAGAACGCCCUGACUGAUCUCCGUGUAGAUACAGCACGACGAGAGCAGCAGGAAAAGGACACCAGAGAGGAGCUGAGUAAAAAACUCCAGCAAGCUGAGGCUCUCCUGAGGAGAGCAGAGACUGAACUUAAAGAAAGAGAAGCCAGGGCCAAGGCCUGUGAGGGCCACCUGCAAAGUGCCCGGGCUGAAGUCAGUGCCCUGGCCCAACAAAGAGACUAUUUGAAAGAAGAACUUGACACAGUUCACCGAGAGCUUAAACAUUCAUAUAGACUCCCACUGCUCAAGACAUCACCUGCCAGCAUCCCAGAACCCCCAGCAGCAGAAAGGGGGUGGGAGCCUUUCCAAAGGCUGUCUUCCAGUCACGGUGUGUCACCUAAAGAAUUGGAUAAGCUGGCUAGAAACAUUCCCACUUUCACUCCAAGCCCUGCAGGAGGCCACGAUGUGAACGACUAUUUAAAAGACAUUGAUUUUCACUUGCAAACUGUUGCCAAUGUUACCACACGAGACAGACUCUACCUGCUCAGAAUCACCGCCAGCCGUGAAGUCCGGAGCUUUCUAGACCGACAGCCAGAAACAGUCAAAGUGGAUUACCAGCAACUGCAGCAGGCUUUGAUUAAAGAAUUCUCUGACCCAGAAUCAGAGCAAGGGCCGAUUACGGCCAUGGACCUUAAACAGGGCAGACAGGAAACCACGCAGUCUUUCUACAACAGGCUCAGACAAGCAUACUUCGGAGCACGGAAUGAGCCAGGAAUGGAAGAAGAAUUCAAUUUCAAAACUCUGUUCCUCCGGAACCUGCACCCAACAGUGAGUCACCAUUUGGGGGUUCUGGCUUGCCCACGGACUAUGUCCACCCAACAGCUGCGAGACUUAAGCCAUAAGGCCUAUACCAAACAAAGAACUGCUUCUGAAAAGAUGGGAAAACCCCCCACAAUCUAUCCUGUCACUAAUCAGAGUUCAGAACUUGCCCUAGAGGGCGCCGAGCCUCGCCACAGCAAUUGGGUACACCCUGACACUCGGCCUUGCCUUUGUCCUGUUUAACAGAGUCAACGGGGUGCAAAGGUCCAUGAACAGGUGCACAGCUGCCUUUCCUCGAACCUUCAAACGGAACCAUCGAAAAAGAGGGACCCAGGCAGAGACAAUGCUGAACGUGACCACGGUUAACACCACAGCUGAGGAUCCGAAGGCUGAGGAAAAUUAGAAACCACCUGCCAUCUAACCUUCAUGAUCCACCUGCCAUCUAACCAUCAGGAUCCACCUGCCAUCCGGCCUUCA